UCGCGCCGCGAUGGCCGCCGCCAGCAGGGCACGGGUCGCGCACUUGUUGAAGCUGCUGCAGAGCGCAUCAUGCCAAUGCCCGACUCAUUCUCAUACUUACUCCCAAGCUCCUGGACUUUCAGCUUCUGGGAAAACAACAGAUUAUGCCUUUGAGAUGGCUGUUUCAAAUAUCAGAUAUGGAGCAGGAGUUACAAAGGAAGUCGGCAUGGAUCUUCAAAACAUGGGUGCUAAAAACGUUUGCUUAAUGACCGAUAAGAACCUCUCCCAGCUCCGCCCGGUCCAAGUGGCAAUGGAUUCCCUAGUCAAGAAUGGGAUACACUUUAAGGUCUAUGAUGAUGUGAGGGUGGAGCCGACUGAUGCCAGCUUCAUGGAAGCUAUUGAAUUUGCCAAAAAGGGAGCAUUCGAUGCCUUCGUGGCUGUGGGUGGCGGCUCCACCAUGGACACGUGUAAAGCUGCUAAUCUCUAUUCAUCGAGCCCCCACUCGGAGUUCCUCGAUUACGUCAACGCCCCCAUUGGGAAGGGAAAACCCGUGUCUGUGCCUCUUAAGCCUCUGAUUGCAGUCCCGACGACUUCAGGUACCGGGAGUGAAACAACGGGAGUGGCCAUUUUUGACUAUGAGCACUUGAAAGUCAAAACGGGCAUUGCUUCGAGGGCCAUCAAGCCUAUCCUGGGACUGAUAGACCCUCUGCACACCCUCCACAUGCCUGACCGCGUGGUGGCUAACAGUGGCUUUGAUGUGCUUUGCCAUGCCCUGGAGUCCUACACAGCCCUGCCCUACCACCAGAGGAGCCCCUGCCCCUCCAAUCCCAUCGCCCGGCCCGCGUACCAGGGCAGCAACCCCAUCAGUGACGUCUGGGCAGUGCGCGCGCUGCACGUCGUUGCCAAGUAUCUGAAGAGGGCCAUCAGAAGUCCCGAUGACCUUGAAGCCAGGUCUAAUAUGCACUUGGCAAGUGCUUUUGCUGGCAUUGGCUUUGGAAAUGCUGGUGUUCAUCUGUGCCACGGAAUGUCCUAUCCAAUCUCAGGUUUAGUGAAGACGUAUAAAGCAAAGGAUUACAAUGUGGAUCAUCCACUGGUGCCUCAUGGCCUUUCUGUGGUGCUCACCUCUCCGGCAGUGUUCACUUUCACGGCCGCCAUGUUUCCUGAGCGGCACCUGGAGGCAGCAGAAAUACUAGGAGCAGAUAUCCGCACUGCCAGGGCCCGAGAUGCAGGGCUUGUCUUGGCAGACACACUCCGGAAACUCCUACAGGAUCUGAAUGUUGAUGACGGCCUGGCAGCCCUGGGCUACUCCGCAGCCGACAUCCCCGCCUUGGUGAGAGGCACUGUGCCGCAGGAAAGGGUCACGAAGCUUGCGCCUCGUCCUCAGUCCGAGGAGGAGCUCUAUGCUCUGUUUGAAGCUUCAAUGAAACUGUAUUAAUUUUCAUUUUUUACUGAGAGAAUUACCACUGGCCGCUUCAGUUCUGAAAACAGUUCAUCGCGCUAGAACUUUGUCUUUUCAUCUCUCCACAUAACACACCUGCUUCCAAUCCAACUGCAAGUGAAGUCCUUGGAUCUCAAUGUCAUGUGUAAAAUGCAGAAGAUUUCCUGUUUCUCCGAGUCAAGCUACUGCCAUAAAACAGGUUGGACAAUGUCCAGCCCCAGUGUCGAUUAAAAACACAAAUGUGCGUAUCCCAUGUCCAGCAAUCUCCUGAUUAGAAAUUUAUCUUAUAGUAAUAUCACCCCAAUGUGUAAAGAAAUAUGGCAAGGAUAUUUGUGAAAACAAUUUCUAACAAUAAAAAAGUUUGAAGCAGCCUAAUCUUUCUCAAAUCCAUGUAAGUAUAUAAGCAUGUGCCUGUAUAUACAUAUGAAUGAAGUUCCAAAAGGAUCAAAAAUUAAAAGUUAAUCUCUGUCA